AUGGAGUGGAAAGCAAUGGAAAUCAACCCCGAGACGCUGAAUAAAUGCCUCUCUCGUCUGGGUGUGGCUUCCAGUUGGAAGUUCGUAGAUGUGUUGGGUCUGGAAAACGAAUCCCUAUCCAUGGUACCAUCGCCCGUAUGCGCCCUGCUGCUUCUCUUUCCUCUCAGUCAACAGCAUGAAUCGCACAGAAACCGUCAAACUUCAGAACUGAGUGGGAAGGGCAUUGACUCAAAAAUCUACUUUGUGGCACAGUCUAUUUCAAAUUCCUGUGGCACUAUUGCACUUGUGAACACUGUUGCCAACAAUCAAGAUAAACUUGAGUUUGUUGAAGGUUCAAUAUUGAAGAAAUUUCUCAAUGGAACUGCAGAUCUUUCAGCUAAGGAAAGAGCAAAGCAAUUAGAACAAAAUGAGGAGAUACGUGCAGCACAUGAUGCCACUGCAGAUGAAGGAGAGUGUCGGUUGCAUGAAGAUGGUACGAACUUCCAUUUUAUCACUUUUGUUGGCGUAGAUGGACACCUCUAUGAACUAGAUGGAAGGAUGCCAUUUCCAAUUGACCAUGGAGAAACAUCAAAAGAUAGUUUAAUGCAGGAUGCAGCAAAAAUAUGCAGACAAUUCAUGGAACGUGAUCAAGGAGAAGUUCGCUUUACUGCUGUGGCACUUUGCAAAGCCUCAUGAAUGGGGGAUGGGGAAGUAAACAAUAAGCACAGCACUGCAGUUUAAAUUGCUAUUCUAAGCUCAAUGUUUUAGCUUAAAUCACUUGUGUAUAUUGAAGAAGUUUAAGUGCAGCCUUUUUACACGUAUAGUAAGAAUGGUUGAAGUUCAAUGGUUAGUACAGUGCCUUGCAGAUAUUUUCAGCUCCCAACCUCUCAUAAAUGAGUAUUACGAUGAGGGAUUUUGAUCAAUUUAGUUGAGUAUUUGUGAACCACAUGUUUAUUUUGGACAAAUUGUUAAGCAUGAAAAUCUAAAUUCAAGAACUGAAAUGUCAGCAGUUCAAAAGUAUUCAUUCCCCCUUUGCUCAGUACUUAAUUGAACCACCUCUUGCAGUUGUUACAGCUAGUAGUCUUUUUGGAUGUCUCUAUUAGCUUGGUACAAUGUGAUGGGGCAAGAUUUGCCUAUUCCUCCUUGGGAAAAUUGCUCAAGCUGUGCCAGUUUAGUUGGGGAGCAGUGUUGGACAGCAAUCUUGAGGUCUUGGAACAGAUGUUCAAUUGGGUUAAGGUCAUUACUUGCACUGGGCCACUCAAGGAUAUCAAUUUUCUUCAGUUGAAGCCACUUCAUGGUUGCUCUGGCAGUGUGCUUUGGGUUGUCCUGCUGCAGGACUAACUGGCUUUGUGUGCGGGGUGGGGGGAUUGAGUUUGCCCCACCACCCCCCAUCUUGAUUUACUUGCAAACAUUUGAUCAACAUGCAAAGAGACAUUGUCAAUGUGCUGUUGAUUGUGGUGUCCUCCAAAUGCUUGGCCUUUAUAAAAAUGACAAUCAGCUGAAUCAACAUUUCAGAAACUCAGUUGUGAUGUGAGAAGGAAAUCUCAUCGCUGAUUGGCUGUGUGGCAAACUUUGUGUGUUGUCGUCUGGAAUUUUGCCUGCAUCGGCUCGUAAAUAGGAUAGACGCCUGUAAGCAAUUUGUCUACAGAAUUGUUCAUGGAAAACCAUGCUUCUAGGAAUUCUCCUGCAUGCUAUGUGUUUGCUUCGUGCAAUAACUCACUGAUGCCCAGUUGAGUUUGUGCCCCUUGAUCUUCAUGGGUGGAGACUAGGGAGAGGUCGUCAUAUUGCUUUACAGCCAGAUGAUAUUUGUGGAUUCUUAUGGAGAGGUUUCUCACAAUUUGGCUGAUGUAAUAUUUGCUACAAUCCCUGCAUUGGAUUUUGUAGACCACAUUGGUCUUGUCUAAGCUUGGUUCAUUCUUUGUCUGCAAAGUACUCUCCUCAAUGUUGCAGUUGACUUGUGCAUGACUGAACUUCUGUUCUUGGAGCAGUCCUCAAUCCCCAUUGCAUGAUGUUGCCUCCACUAUAUUUUACAGUAGGGAUGGUGUUACCUGGGCGAUACACAGCAUUAGAUUUAUGCCCAUGCACUGUUUAGUGCUGAGCCAAAAUGUUCCAAUUUUGUCUCAUCUGACAAGACCUACUUUCACAUCUUUACAGUAUCUCCUAAGUGAAACUUUGCAACAUCUUUAUGGGCAAAGAUGUUUUUAAGCCGAGACUACUUCCUUGCCACUUUUCCAUUUAAAAACCCUUUUUAUACAAAGCCUUAGAGUGGGGAACCAUGAUCUUUUUCUCCAGUUGCAGCCACUGACUUCUGCUGCUAACUCUGACUGUUGGGAUCAGAGUAGCCUCUUAAAAUGCCUUUCUUCAGUGUCUUAAGUUCACAGGGAUGGCUUGACCUACACUAUGGCUGUAGUUUCUUUUUUUUCCCCACUUUUUCAUGAUGGACUGCACUGAGCUUGGAGGUAUGUUCAGUGCCUUUGAGAUGGUCUUGUACCCUUCCCCAGAUUUGUGCUUCACUUUUUUUUUAAUCUUCCUGACUUGUCUUGAAUGCUAUUCUGGCUUUGUCUGUUGAAAAUCUGCCAUACUGUUGGCCUUCACAGAAAGAAGGAAUAUUCUUAUGAAUUCAUUGAAAACGGGAUCCUUCAAUUUUCUACAUCAAACAAAUUGGGGAAGUUGUUAAGGUAAUAUAUUGCACCUGAGGAAAGUUGAUGAAUACUUUAUCAGCCUCACAAUUUUGGUUUUUAAUUUUUAAUAAAUUGACAGGUUUUAGUAUUUCUGAUUUGACUUGAUGCACAAUGUCUUGUAGAUUGGCUUAAAUCUUCCAAUAUUUUAAAUUUAGAAAAUGAGACAAUAAAAUGUGAAAAUAGUUGGGGAUGAAUACUUUUUCAAGGCACUGUAUUUCUGCAGAAUUUCUAUCUUGGGCAGUAUUGAAUAGAAAAUAUUUGUAGUUGUAUUCAAAAGCAGUCAUAAAUUUUUGAGCAUCCACCUUGUGAACACUGCAGUAGACUGGUAAAAGCUACUUGAUUUAGUGCUGGACUGUUGUACUUUGCCUCAAAUUUGUCUGCAGAAACUGGAAAUGCGGCUUAAUCCCACAUUGUGCCUAAUUUUUACAGCUGCAUAAUAUCUGAAAUAAAAUCACUGCAACCGUUUAA